UCUGCGGCUGCAGGUUUACUACCUGCAGCAUAAAAAGAGACACACGCAGCACUGAGGAGGAACGGAGAAUGAAUGAGCUCCUCAAACAAAGUGGCUGUGAGCGUGAGGAUCUGCGGCAAACUGUGCAGGACUGCUUCAUCUACAAAAAUCCGGGUAGCAGCCGGUUUUUCACCUAAACCUAUCAACUAACCCUAUCAACUAAAUCUAUCACCUAAGUUGCCAUCGUUGUAUUCCAUGACCUUGCAACCAUUGCAAAAUAAAAGAGAAAGAAAAGAAAGCAACUGUUUGACUCAUGAGUGGAGUCCCGCUCAUAACCUGGGUAGAUGAAACGUCCUUUUUCAAGUGGGGAAACUGCACACAAACCCUCAAAAAUCAUCAAUGAUAUUCACGCGUCAUUGAAAGUGGCAGAACACAUGACAGUGAAAAUCCGCUGCAGUAGCGCAGUACUGAAGAUCCAGGAAGCGAGAGCUGAGGUCCAAUCUGGAAUCCUGAAAAGGACAACCUAAAGCAUAUUAAAGUGCCUUUUAUUACGUCAUUGGAGGAAAAAUCUGAACUGGAUAUAAGCAUGGCUGGUCAAGAACUCAAAUCAGCUGAGCAGCUCAAGGUGGAGAGGACCACAGCGGAAAGACUGUUUUCUCGUGUUGUUAACAGCAUUAUGAGGACCUACAGAGACAUGUCUGAAGAGGAGCUCAGAGACAGUUUCAAUAAACUCACAAUAGAGGCAGAGAAAGUCAUGGAAUCCAAUGAUGAUGUGGAGGCUGGGCUUAUCGCAGAGCUAGAGGCGGCACCUGACACAAGUGGAGGAGCUGUGUUGACCGAGCAGCAGAGAGCCGACAUAGAAAAGACUGUGAAAGAAUGUGAGAUGAAACUCAAGGAGGUCAAAGCGCUCAUCCAGGAGACUGUGGACUAACUUCGGGAAUGCUGAACUACCCACUGCGAUACAGGCAGCUGAGGCUGCGUGUAAUCUCCCUGCUGCGACACGACCUGAUGGGAAUGAGGAGGCAUAUGAUUUUAGACUCACUCACCUGCAGGAGCUAGCGAAGACUGCAAAGGAGGUGUAUAGCCGGUGGAAACGUUGGGUUCCCCCAGAUGAGCAGCAGGCUUUCCAGAGUUGCUUAAGGGAGCUGGAACUCUCUGUCCCAAAAUUAGUCUCCAGAAAGGCCGAUUUCAUCCAUGCAAGGGUUAAAGAUGAGGCUGAACGACGGACACAGAGCAGCAGUGCUUUCAGUUAUCCAGUGCCAACCAUCCGGUUAAGACCUGUGGCCCUUCCCAGGUUUGCAGGAAACAGGCGCGAUUUCCCUAAGUGGAGAAGGGACUGGGAAGCACUGCAGAACCAAGGUGAACCCACAGGUUCGAAAGAAGUGAAAAAGUUCCAAUUACUGGACAGUAUUGAGGAUAAGAUCACAAGAGACCUUCGGCUCACAUCCUACAGCACAGCUGAUGGCAUCUUUCGUGUCCUGGAGAACCGCUUUGGCAACCAAACAUCAAUUGCUAUUGAAGUUGUGGAAGACCUACAGAAGAUGCCAGCUGUGAAAGGUCAUCAGCCACGGAAAAUAGUGGAAUUAAUUCCAGCUGUGGAAAAGGCACUUCAGGAUCUGAGUGACCUAGGAGAAACAGGUGCCAUUAAAAACCCACUGGUGACAAAAUCCAUUGAAAGCAAACUUCCAGAACACCUCAAGAAGGAAUGGCUGGUUUAUGCUGCUGACAGGAGGAAUGCUGUGACACCAGAGAAGCGGUUCGAUAGUCUCUUAACGUUAUUCAAAGAACAGGAAAGCAUAUAUGAGCAGCUCGAGCAGCUGAGGGAGGAAGAACCAGGUAAAAAAGAAACUAGGAUUGAACCAAGACAUACCAGAACCAGAUCUACAAAAGCAGACAAUGACCAUCUAGUUUGUGUAGUCUGUGGUGAUGGAAAGCACAAAAAAAGGCUCUACUUUUGCAAACAGUUUCGAGCACUAAAGCUAACGGAUAAAAAAGCUGCAAUAAGGAGGCUGGGAGCAUGCAAAAAAUGUCUCGAGGUUCAUGAUGACAGUUCAUUCUGCAAGCCUACUUACCUGUGUAAAAACCCCGACUGCAAGAAUGAACAUGUUCCAGAGCAUCACUACUACCUGUGUCCUAAUGCUGAGACAAAGAAAAGGGGUACAUGUCAUAAAAAGAGCAGCUUCGGUUCAGAUGAAGACAAAGGCCGGAGGAAGUACACAGAGGAUCAAGAGGAGUUCUUAAGAAAACUCUCACCAGAGCUGGUAGAACAGUGCCGAGAAGUGUUCUCUAAUACUGCAUCUAGAGCUUUCAACACUGUAAAAGAUCGACCAAGCUUACUCAUGGAUAGUGGAAUGCAGGAGCUUCCAGGAAUCAUGAUGCUUCUAGAGGUCACUGUAAAUGCUGAACAGAAAAUUGGGACAUUAAUUGACUUGGCUUCUGAUACCAAUUACAUAACCCAUAAGGCUGCAAGCGGGUUGAACCUCAGAAGUGAAGAAAUCACCCUUAUCUUUCAUGGAGUUGGAGGGAUGAAGGUUCACGUAGAGACGAAGCGGUACCUUCUAAAGAUUCGAGUUAAAACCGCCAAAGGCACUCUGAAGUCUCAUCAGUUGGUUUGUUAUGGACUGGACAACAUUGCAGAUGUUCACAGGCAUGUGACACCAAAGCAGCUGCAGAGGUUCUUUCCAGAUGUCUCUCUUGAGGAACUAGUGAGGCCUAAAGAAAUACAGCUACUCAUCAGCCACAGAGAAGGCCAGCUAGCACCUCAGAGAAUAAAAGCUGUUGGAGAUCUCGUGUUGUGGGACGGACCACUUGGCAAGACAGUUGGAGGUUCUCAUCCUGAGCUCUUUGAGGGACUUAUCUUGUCAGCCCGUCUUUCCAGUACGCACUUUGCAAGAUCCAUGAGGACAGCUGUUGCAAAGUAUGAGGAAGUCAUUACCACUGUCAAGGUCAGCUUUCACCCAGCAAACAAGCUGCUGUAAAGUUCCAUGAGUCAAGUACAUCGGCCACCAAGCGGGAUGACUUCUUGGAAUGGUGGAGGUGGGAUAGUAUUGGAGCAGCAUGUGAACCCAAAUGUGGAGGCUGUCGCUGUGGAAACUGCCAGCCAGGUGACAACGAAAUGUCUCUUGCUGAGGAGAGAGAGCUUGAGAUAAUAAGACAGGGCCUCACAUAUGUCAUAGAGGACAGCCACAGUAAAGAACCACAUUAGCACACAAAGUAUCCCUGGCUAGAGGAUCCAGGAUCCCUGACAAAUAACAGAACAGCAGUGGAAGCUACAUUUCACAGGACAGAGAGGCAGCUAUCCAAGGAACCUGAAUGGAAGGGAGCCUACGCCGCACAAAUGCACGACAUGGUGAAUAGAAAAGCUGCGGUUAAACUGUCCAGAGAGAGGAUUAUCAAUUGGAAUGGACCAGUUUGGUACGUGAGCCACCUAAUUGCUCCUAACCCUCACUCUGUUACUACCCCAGUGAGACUUGUAUGGAACAGCAGUCAAAAGUUCUACUACACUACAGGUCUUCACUGUCUUCCUUUCCACUUACCUACUGAAUGAUUCCAACAAACGGGCCCAAAAAGCAACUUAGAGAAAAACGUCAUAGUUUCGUAUGUCGUCUAAAACGUCAGAGUUUAGUAUGUCGUCCAAAAUAUGACAAAAAUGCCGUAGUUUAGUAUGUUGGCCAACAAAUGGAAAAGGGAUGUGCCUGGAUAGCUCAACUGGUUCAGAAGGUAAUUCAUAAACAAGACUGAGUCAGAAACGCAGGUUCGAUUCCAGUUCAUGCCCUUUUACUGCAGGUCUUUGCUGUCUUCCUUUAGACUUACCUAUUGAAUGAUGCCAACAAAAGGGCCUAAAAAGCAACUUGGAAAAAAACGUCAUAGUUUAGUAUGUCGUCCAAAAUGUGACAAAAAUGUCAUAGUUUAGUAUGUCGUCCAAAAUGUCAUAAAAAUGUAAUAGUUUAGUAUGUUUUCUUUGAAAGAAAAAUCAUCAUGAAUUUUGCCACAAAAAAAACGCCUUACUAUACUAUGUCAAAAAAAAAAAGUGAUUUUUCAACAUGUUGUAAAAAUGUGCCAUAUGAGGAAAUAAUGUAAAGGAGGCCAUGAAAAUCACUAUGGUAAAGUUUCCUUUGAAAAAAAUAUCAUCAUGAAUUUUGGCGCAAAAAAAACGCCAUAGUAUACUAUGUCGAAAAAUGCGAUUUUUCAACACGUUGUAAAAACGUGCCAUAUGAUGAAAUAAUGUAAAGGAGGCUGUGAAAAACACUCCAGAAAGGUUUUCUUUGAAAAAAAAAAUCAUCAUGAAUUUUGGCACAAAAAACGCCUUAUGUCGAAAAAAAAUGCAAUUUUUCAACAUGUUGUAAAAACGUGCCAUAUGAUUAAAUAAUGUAAAGGAGGCCGUGAAAAACACUAUGGUAAGGUUUUCUUUGAAAAACAAAUCAUCAUGAAUUUUGGCACAAAAAAAAAAUGCCUUACUAUACUAUGUCGAAAAAAAAUGCAAUUUUUCAACAUGUUGUAAAAGCGUGCCAUAUGAUGAAAUAAUGUAAAGCAGGCUGUGAAAAACACUCCAGAAAGGUUUUCUUUAAAAAAAAAAAAAAAAAAAAUCAUCAUGAAUUUUGGCGCAAAAAAACGCCAUAGUAUACUGUGUCGGAAAAAAAAUGCUAUUUUUCAGCAUGUUGUAGAAACGUGCAUUAUGAGGAAAUAAUGUAAAGUAGGCUGUGAAAAACACUAUGGUAAGGUUUUCUUUGAAAGAAAAAUCAUCGUGAAUUUUGCCACAAAAAAAAACGCCUUACUAUACUAUGUCGAAAAAAAAAGUCAUUUUUCAACAUGUUGUAAAAAUGUGCCAUAUGAGGAAAUAAUGUAAAGGAGGCCAUGAAAAACACUAUGGUAAAGUUUCCUUUGAAAAAAAUAUCAUCAUGAAUUUUGGCGCAAAAAAAACGCCAUAGUAUACUAUGUCGAAAAAUGCGAUUUUUCAACACGUUGUAAAAACGUGCCAUAUGAUGAAAUAAUGUAAAGGAGGCUGUGAAAAACACUCCAGAAAGGUUUUCUUUGAAAAAAAAAAUCAUCAUGAAUUUUGGCGCAAAAAACGCCUUAUGUCGAAAAAAAAUGCAAUUUUUCAACAUGUUGUAAAAGCGUGCCAUAUGAUGAAAUAAUGUAAAGGAGGCCGUGAAAAACACUCCAGAAAGGUUUUCUUUAAAAAAAAAAAAACAUCAUGAAUUUUUGCACAAAAAAAAAUGCCAUAGUAUACCAUGUCGAAAAAAAAUGCAAUUUUUCAACAUGUAAAAACGUGCCAUAUGAGGAAAUAAUGUAAAGGAGGCCAUGAAAAACACUAUGGUAAGGUUUUCUUUGAAAAACAAAUCAUCAUGAAUUUUGGCACAAAAAAAAAAUGCCUUACUAUACUAUGUCGAAAAAAAAUGCAAUUUUUCAACAUGUUGUAAAAAUGUGCCAUAUGAGGAAAUAAUGUAAAGGAGGCCGUGAAAAACACUAUGGUAAAGUUUCCUUUGAAAAAAAUAUCAUCAUGAAUUUUGGCGCAAAAAAAACGCCAUAGUAUACUAUGUCGAAAAAUGCGAUUUUUCAACACGUUGUAAAAACGUGCCAUAUGAUGAAAUAAUGUAAAGGAGGCCGUGAAAAACACUAUGGUAAGGUCUUCUUUGAAAAAAAUGUCAUGAAUUUUGGCACAAAAAAAUGCCUUACUAUACUAUGUCGAAAAAAAAAUGCAAUUUUUCAACAUGUUGUAAAAACAUGCCAUAUGAUGAAAUAAUGUAAAGGACGCCGUGAAAAACACUAUGGUAAGGUUUUCUUUGAAAAAAAAACAUCAUGAAUUUUGCCACAAAAAAACGCCUUUACUAUACUAUGUCGAAAAAAAAUUCCAUUUUCAACAUGUUGUAAAAACAUGCCAUAUGAUGAAAUAAUGUAAAGGAGGCUGUGAAAAACACUCCAGAAAGGUUUUCUUUGAAAAAAAAAUCAUCAUGAAUUUUGGCGCAAAAAAACGCCUUAGUAUGUCGAAAAAAUAAUGUGAUUUUUCACCAUGUUGUAAAAACGUGCCAUAUGAUGAAAUAAUGUAAAGGAGGCCGUGAAAAACACUCCAGGAAGGUUUUCUUUUAAAAAAAAAAAAAAAAAACAUCAUGAAUUUUGGCGCAAAAAAAACGCCAUAGUAUACUAUGUCGAAAAAAAAUGCGAUUUUUCAACAUGUUGUAAAAACGUGCCAUAUGAUGAAAUAAUGUAAAGUAGGCUGUGAAAAACACUCCAGAAAGGUUUUCUUCGAAAAAAAAAUCAUCAUGAAUUUUGGCGCAAAAAAACGCCUUACUAUGUCGAAAAAAUAAUGUGAUUUUUCAACAUGUUGUAAAAACGUCCCAUAUGAGGAAAUAAUGUAAAGUAGGCCGUGAAAAACACUCCAGAAAGGUUUUCUUUGAAAAAAAAACCAUCAUGAAUUUUGGCGCAAAAAACGCCUUACUAUACUAUGUCGAAAAAAAAAUUCCAUUUUCAACAUGUUGUAGAAACGUGCCAUAUGAUGAAAUAAUGUAAAGGAGGCCGUGAAAAACACUAUGGUAAGGUUUUCUUUGGAAAAAAAAUCAUCAUGAAUUUUGGCGCAAAAAAAACGCCUUACUAUACUAUGUCGAAAAAAAAUUAAAUUUUUGAACAUGUUGUAAAAACAUGCCAUAUGAUGAAAUAAUGUAAAGGAGGCUGUGAAAAACACUUCAGAAAGGUUUUCUUUGAAAAAAAAAAUCAUCAUGAAUUUUGCCACAAAAAAAACGCCUUUACUAUACUAUGUCGAAAAAAAAAUUCCAUUUUCAACAUGUUGUAGAAACGUGCCAUAUGAUGAAAUAAUGUAAAGGAGGCCGUGAAAAACACUAUGGUAAGGUCUUCUUUGAAAAAAAUAUCAUGAAUUUUGGCACAAAAAAAUGCCUUACUAUACUAUGUCGAAAAAAAAUGCAAUUUUUCAACAUGUUGUAAAAACGUGCCAUAUGAUGAAAUAAUGUAAAGGAGGCCGUGAAAAACACUCCAGGAAGGUUUUCUUUAAAAAAAAAAAAAAAAAAAAAUCAUCAUGAAUUUUGGCACAAAAAAAAAAAGCCAUAGUAUACUAUGUGGGAAAAAAAAUGCAGUUUUUCAACAUGUAAAAACGUGCCAUAUGAUAAAAUAAUGUAAAGGACGCCGUGAAAAACACUAUGGUAAGGUUUUCUUUGAAAAAAAAAUCAUCAUGAAUUUUGGCGCAAAAAAAACGCCAUAGUAUACUAUGUCGAAAAAAAAUGCGAUUUUUCAACAUGUUGUAAAAACGUGCCAUAUGAUGAAAUAAUGUAAAGUAGGCUGUGAAAAACACUCCAGAAAGGUUUUCUUUGAAAAAAAAAUCAUCAUGAAUUUUGGCGCAAAAAAACGCCUUACUAUGUCGAAAAAAUAAUGUGAUUUUUCAACAUGUUGUAAAAACGUCCCAUAUGAGGAAAUAAUGUAAAGUAGGCCGUGAAAAACACUCCAGAAAGGUUUUCUUUAAAAAAAAAAAUCAUCAUGAAUUUUGGCGCAAAAAACGCCUUACUAUACUAUGUCGAAAAAAAAAUUCCAUUUUCAACAUGUUGUAGAAACGUGCCAUAUGAUGAAAUAAUGUAAAGGAGGCCGUGAAAAACACUAUGGUAAGGUUUUCUUUGGAAAAAAAAUCAUCAUGAAUUUUGGCGCAAAAAAAACGCCUUACUAUACUAUGUCGAAAAAAAAAUGCAAUUUUUCAACAUGGUGUAAAAACGUGCUAUAUGAUGAAAUAAUGUAAAGGAGGCCGUGAAAAACACUCCAGAAAGGUUUUCUUUGAAAAAAAAAUCAUCAUGAAUUUUGGCGCAAAAAAAACGCCUUACUAUACUAUGUCGAAAAAAAAUUUCCAUUUUCAACAUGUUGUAAAAACGUGCCAUAUGAUGAAAUAAUGUAAAGGAGGCCGUGAAAAACACUCCAGGAAGGUUUUCUUUAAAAAAAAAAGAAAUCAUCAUGAAUUUUGGCACAAAAAAAAAUGCCAUAGUAUACUAUGUUGAAAAAAAAUGCAAUUUUUCAACAUGUUGUAAAAACAUGCCAUAUGAUGAAAUAAUGUAAAAGAGGCUGCGAAAAACACUCCAGAAAGGUUUUCUUUGAAAAAAAAAUCAUCAUGAAUUUUGGCGCAAAAAACGCCUUACUAUACUAUGUCGAAAAAAAAAUUCCAUUUUCAACAUGUUGUAGAAACGUGCCAUAUGAUGGAAUAAUGUAAAGGAGGCCGUGAAAAACACUAUGGUAAGGUUUUCUUUGGAAAAAAAAUCAUCAUGAAUUUUGGCGCAAAAAAAAACGCCUUACUAUACUAUGUCGAAAAAAAAUUAAAUUUUUCAACAUGUUGUAAAAACAUGCCAUAUGAUGAAAUAAUGUAAAGGAGGCUGUGAAAAACACUUCAGAAAGGUUUUCUUUGAAAAAAAAAUCAUCAUGAAUUUUGCCACAAAAAAAACGCCUUUACUAUACUAUGUCGAAAAAAAAAUUCCAUUUUCAACAUGU